AUGGUUUUGCAUAACCCGUUGAUCUCAGAAAAUUUUUAUUUCGAUAUGAAUGACGAUUCGUUGCGUUCUAUGGUUUCACAGCAUGUUACUUGUGUCGAUGAAGCAAGCAAAUGCACUCAAGCUAUUUUUAGUAUUAGCGAAUCACUCAGCGACAUUUUCAUUGUCGUAAAACUGGAAAAAGUGCUUCAAGCAUGCGAAGUAGCUGAUGCCUGUGAGCCAUAUUUGAAGGAAGAGAAGAACCGGGAACGUCUGAUGCAAUCAGCCCAGCAGUACUGCGAACGUCUCGGUGCAUAUCGAAUGCCACUCGGAUGGGUUGCUAUUGAUUUGAAUCGAAUUUUAAGUGGAUCACAUCCACAGGAUAAAAUUGAUCCAAUGACUGCAAGUGCCGUUACUGGUAUGCUUUUGAAAUUUUCAAGCUUUGUGAAUAACUCGUGA